GAAAGACAACACACACACACACAUACACUUACACAUAAUCCAAUGGUACACAUAAGCAAACCAAUUUUACUUUCAUUUCUUUCCUUUAUCCCUUUGGUGCUUCUCCUCCCUUUAUAUAUGUCAGUCAAUGGCUGUCAUGUGCAAGAUAACCAAAGUUUGCUAUGGCUACCAAAAUUCACAACAUGUCCAUCUACGACAUCGGUAUCGAAAAUGAUUGUAGAGAACUUCAUGAUUCAUGGGAUCAGAGAAGCAAUAGGCUGGUUCGAGUUCUCGCCGGUCGAAACCCGAUGGAAAGACACCAAAUGAAAGGGAUCUACAAGGCAAUCUAUGGUGAGGAUUUGGUGGAAAGAUUAGAGACAAUUGUUGUCAAGCCAGUAAAUCGAGCUUUGUCGUUAUGGAUGCGUGAUUCUCACGAACGUGACGCCGUUGUCGCCCGAGAAGCACUUGAACUAGGGGACACUAAUUUCAAGGCUCUUAUUGAAAUAUUUGUGGGGAGAAAAUCAAGCCAAAUGUUUCUUAUUAGACAAUCUUAUCAGGCAAGAUAUAAAAAGCAAUUAGAUCAAGAUAUCAUCAACAUAGACCCUCCCCAUUCAUACCAAAAGAUUCUUGUAGCAUUGGCUGCCUCACACAAAGCCCAUAAUACUGAUAUUAGCCAACAUAUUGCAAAGUGUGAUGCUAGAAGGCUGUAUGAAACAGUAAAAGACAAUUCAGGAGCCAUAGAAGAAGCUUUUGUACUUGAAAUGCUCGCUAAAAGAAGCAUUCCACAGCUAAAGCUCACUUUUUCUUGCUACCAACACAUCUUUGGUCAUAACUUUACCAAGGAUCUUAAAUUUCGAAAUUGUGGAGAAUUUGAGAAUGCUUUACAGACGGUCAUGCAGUGUAUAUGUAAUCCUCCAAAGUAUUAUGCCAAGGUGCUUUACAAAAGCAUAAAAGGUGGAGAAAGUGAUGGAGCAUUGGAGAGAGUUUUGUUGAGCAGAGCUGAGGUUGAUUUGAAUGAAAUUCAAAGGGCUUUAAAAGGGAAAUAUGGCAUUCAAUUAACAGAAGCAAUAUGUGAGAGAACUUUUUCUGAUGAUUAUAGAGAUUUUCUUGUUGCUUUGACCACAAAAAAAGCCCACUGAUUAUACUCAACAGCCACUUUUCUUCGAUGGUUUUAUUUUCUUCUCAAGUCUUGAAAUAUUCAAUGUAUAUUAUAUACCUA